AUGGAGACAGACGAGAGCGGCGUAUCAUUGCCGUCAGGUCCCGACGGACGCAAGCGUCGAGUCAGCUACUUCUACGAGCCGACGAUCGGCGACUACUACUACGGCCAAGGACACCCGAUGAAGCCUCACCGGAUCCGUAUGGCUCACAGCCUCAUCGUACACUACAACCUCCACCGUCGCCUCGAGAUCAGCCGCCCUAACCUCGCCGACGCCUCCGACAUCGGCCAGUUCCAUUCCCCGGACUACGUCGAUUUCCUCCGCUCCGUCUCGCCGGAGUCCAUGGGCGAUCACUCCGCCGCGCGGAACCUGAGGCGAUUCAACGUCGGCGAGGAUUGUCCCGUCUUCGACGGGCUUUUCGACUUCUGCCGCGCUUCCGCCGGAGGUUCGAUUGGCGCUGCGGUUAAGUUGAACCGGCAGGAUGCGGAUAUUGCGAUUAAUUGGGGCGGUGGGCUUCACCAUGCGAAGAAGAGUGAAGCCUCUGGGUUUUGCUAUGUGAACGACAUCGUUUUGGGGAUUCUCGAGUUGCUUAAGAUGUUUAGGCGAGUUCUCUACGUUGAUAUCGAUGUGCACCAUGGAGAUGGAGUAGAAGAAGCGUUUUACACCACCGACAGAGUUAUGACAGUUUCUUUUCACAAGUUCGGAGACUUUUUCCCAGGAACUGGUCACAUCAGAGACAUUGGCGCUGAGAAAGGGAAAUACUACGCUCUAAAUGUUCCAUUAAACGAUGGUAUGGACGAUGAGAGUUUCCGCAGCAUGUUUAGACCUCUUAUCCAGAAGGUUAUGGAUGUGUAUCAGCCAGAGGCAGUCGUUCUUCAGUGCGGGGCUGACUCGUUAAGCGGUGAUCGUUUGGGUUGCUUUAACUUAUCAGUCAAGGGUCAUGCUGAUUGCCUCCGGUUCUUGAGAUCUUUCAACGUUCCUCUCAUGGUCUUGGGUGGUGGAGGGUAUACUAUACGAAAUGUUGCCCGUUGCUGGUGUUAUGAGACUGCAGUUGCGGUUGGAGUAGAGCCGGACAAUAAGCUCCCGUACAAUGAGUACUUUGAGUAUUUCGGUCCAGACUAUACGCUUCACGUCGAUCCAGGCCCAAUGGAGAAUUUGAACACACCAAAAGAUAUGGAGAAGAUAAGGAACACAUUGCUAGAGCAACUUUCGGGACUAAUACACGCACCUAGCGUGCAGUUUCAGCACACACCUCCAGUGAAUAGAGUUUUGGAUGAGCCGGAAGAAGACUUGGAGGAAAGACCAAAGCCUCGGAUUUGGAGUGGAACUGCGAAUUAUGAAUCAGACAGUGACGAUGAUGAGAAAUCACCACCCCUUGUUGGUUACUCGGGUAUUAAUGACCCACCUAUGGACAGGGACUCUACUGGUGAAGAUGAUAUGGAAGAUGAGCCUGAAGUGAAUCCACCAUCCUCUUAAAACUACAUCUUGGUGUCCUUUGCAUAUUCUAGAACAGUGAUAUAAUUUUUUUUUUUUAUUCUCGGACAAAGCCAUUACUGUUUUGUCCGAAAGUUUGAAACUGUCCUGUCAUAAAAAAAAACUUGAUAAUAUUAAUUACACAUUGUUGAGAGAAGCCAUGGCUAAGGAGCUUGUCUCUCUCCAUUUUCUCCCA